AUGUCGCAUUCGCACACCUAUAAUAUCAAUGGCAUAUUGAAUCCGGGUGUGUUGGCGUCUGCUGCGUCCACCCCUGGCCAGGAGCCGUUCUCCUUGUUGAGCUACGGCCUAUUGGAUGGCCAAAGACCCCAAACUACGCCGGCUGCUCCUCUAGAGGCUCAGAUGGCCAAUUUGAGGGUCGACGAUAACCAAUGGAACACACAGAGUUUUCUGCACCAACUGUUGAUCCAGAAACAAGCCCAACAGCUCCCGUCCGCGCCCGUCAAGGUCGAUCCGUCGCAGAUCAGAUGGUAUUAUUUGGACGCUUCCAACAACGAGCAAGGUCCUUUUGAUUCGUCCCUGAUGCAGCAAUGGUACUCUCUCAGAUACUUUGAUUACAGUCUACGUAUCCGUCGUCAUGACCAGGCCUCGUUUGUGACGCUGGCGGAGUUCAUCCAGUCGAUCGGCGAGUAUGUGAUGCCGUUUGGUGUUCCUCUUGCUCCUGUUGCUGUUCAGCCAGCGGCCCCUGUUGUGCCAACGUAUCCGAUGUACCAGCAGUCACAGCAGCCGGAGCCGGUUGAAAAGCCAGUUGAAGAGCCGGUGCCAGCAGCUGAGGCCGUUCCGGUAAGCACAGAGCUGGAGGAGCCGGCCGUUGCUUCCACGUCGACCGUCGUGUCUCCAGAGCCGGUUGCUGCUGUGGAGCCCUUGCAGACGGUCAAGUCGGAGGGAUUGCCGCCUCCAGAGACCGCUCCCGAGCCAGAGAAGACCAAGCCGCAGUCGCCGACCGUGUGGGCCCCAUGGGCCGCUGCCACGCCUGCCAAGCCUUCCAAGACUUUGGAGGAGAUCCAGGCCGAGGAGAUCGAGCUGCAGCGGGAGCAGGAGCGUCAGGCUGCUGCCGAGAAAGCUGCGGCCGCUGCGAAACAGCCUGCGGCGAAACAAGAAUCCAAGGCCGCCGCCGGACUGCCGUCCACGGUCGUCUGGGGCACCGGAGCCGUGCAACCAAACGCCCCGGUGAAGUCAUUUGAGGAGAUCCGCAACGAGGAGGCCGCCAAGAUGAAGGCUGCUGCGGCCGCGUCGAAGGCCAAGCCUGCUGCCGUUUCGUUUGCACAGGCCACUGCGGGCAACGGAUGGACCACUGUGAGUGCGAAGAAGCCAGUCAAGACAAGCGUUCCUGUGGCGGGGGCGAAGGUUGCGAGACCAGCGGCGAUCACGCCGACUGUGUUGCGGUCUGUUUCUGCUCCAGUGGCGGCGAAAAAAGCCGUGGUGGGUAGCACGGUGGCCUCACCAAAGCCCCAACCAGCACCUUCCAAUAACUCGCCGUCCAGAGAGUUCCUGGUGUGGUGCCGCACACAGCUCAACAACUUGCACAAGGGCAUCAACAAGGAGGACAUCCUGUCUAUAAUCAUCCAGUUCCCCACUGGAAGCGAAUCACAAGAAAUCAUUGCCGAUACCAUCUACUCCAACUCUGCCACCAUGGACGGCAGACGGUUUGCAAGCGAGUUUCUCAAGCGCAAGGCGGAAGUGGAGCGUCUGGCAAAGACCCAGGGCCUGCACUUCAGCUGGGCGGAGGCGCUUGCCGCCAGUAUCCGCGGCCAGGAGGACGAUUUCGACAUGGCUUUCACCAAAGUGGUGAGCAAGAAAAACAGAAGAAAAAACUAG